AACCACCUCAGACUGCUCUAUAAAGAGAAAAGCCCAGGGCAGUUUAUAUCAUUUGCACCCACCAGGUCCGAACAGCUGCGCACAGGUUGUUUGGAACCCCCCACUCCCAUGGAUCAGAUCUCUCUUUGCGAACGGGUGAUGGCUCCUUUUUGUAUGGACGCCGUAGUGGGAAACCUGGUCUCCGUGUCCCCAAACGCCACGGGGGGCCAGUCGCCGGGAAUCUCCGCCGCGACGAGAACCCUCCUGGUGUUUGUGUGUCUGCUGCUGGUUGCCUGGAGCCACAGGGACAAGAGAUCCGUGCCAGGUCCUCCUUUUUGCCUCGGUUUGGGUCCCCUGGUUUCCUAUCUGAGAUUCAUCUGCACGGGCAUCGGCACAGCCAGUAACUACUACAACAAGAAGUACGGGGAUAUUGUCAGAGUGUGGAUCGAUGGAGAGGAGACCCUGGUUCUCAGCGGGGCAUCCGCCGUGCAUCACGUUCUCAGGAAUGGAAACUAUACCUCCCGGUUUGGGAGCAAGCAGGGGCUCAGCUGCAUCGGCAUGAAUGAGAGAGGCCUCAUAUUCAACAACAACGUGGCUCUGUGGAGAAAGACGCGCACCUAUUUCACCAAAGCCCUGACAGGUCCGAACUUACAGCAGACGGUGGAGGUGUGCGUGUCCUCCACACAGACCCACCUGGACGGCCUGGACGCGUUGACCCAUGUGGAUGUCAUCAGUUUGCUGCGCUGCACAGUGGUGGACAUCUCCAACCGACUCUUCCUGGGCGUACCACUAAAUGAGAAGGAGCUGCUGCUGAAGAUUCAAAAGUAUUUUGAUACGUGGCAAACCGUGCUCAUCAAACCCGACAUCUACUUCAAGUUUGGCUGGAUUCAUCAGAGACACAAGACGGCAGCCCAGGAGCUGCAAGAUGCCAUAGAAGUCCUUGUCGACCAAAAGAGAAGAGACAUGGAGCAGGCCGAUAAGCUGGACACCAUCAAUUUCACAUCGGAGCUCAUUUUUGCACAAAACCACGGCGAGCUGUCCGCUGACAACGUGAGGCAGUGCGUGCUGGAGAUGGUGAUCGCGGCGCCGGACACUCUGUCCAUCAGCCUCUUCUUCAUGCUGCUGCUCCUCAAGCAGAACCCGCAUGUGGAGCUGCAGCUGCUGCAGGAGAUAGAUACGGUCGUAGGUGAGAGACGGGUUGAGAACGGGGACCUUCAGAAGCUGCAGGUGCUGGAGAGCUUUAUAAACGAGUGCCUCCGCUUCCACCCAGUGGUGGACUUCACCAUGCGCCGGGCCCUUUCUGAUGAUGUCAUCGACGGCUACAGGGUACCCAAAGGCACCAACAUAAUCCUGAACACUGGCCGCAUGCACCGGACAGAGUUUUUCCAAAAAGCAAACGAAUUUAGUCUGGAUAACCUCAAGAAAAAAGCUCCUCGUCGUUACUUCCAGCCGUUCGGUUCGGGCCCUCGCGCCUGCGUUGGCAAGCACAUCGCCAUGGUGAUGAUGAAGUCUAUCCUGGUGACGCUGCUCUCUCAGUACUCCGUCUGCCCCCACCAGGGCUUGACCCUGGACUGCCUCCCACAGACCAACAAUCUCUCCCAGCAGCCCGUAGAACAUCAUCAAGAGACUGAGCACCUCAGCAUGGCAUUCUUACCGAGACAGAGGGGAAGCUGGCAAACACUCGGGAACUCCCACCUUUAGUUCCUCCUGCAUCUUUAUGUAUAAAUAAAAAAAUAUUUUCUUUGUUCCUCGUCACUUCAUUUAAAUAAUAUGUUUGUACAAAGCUGAAUUGUUGUAUUUGGUGUGCAUUAAACUUAUGUUUCUACUGAA